AUGAAGCCAUUUACUUCACUUAUCCCUUUCGCACUCGCGACCUGCGUCGCCGGUCAUGGUUACUUGUAUGAACCCGCAAGCCGAACGCGCCAGGGCAAUGAGGCUGGAAUCGAUACCUGCCCCGAAUGCACCAUCCUCGAACCCGUCGAAGCCUGGCCUGACCUCGACACUGCCCCCGUUGGCCGCAGCGGACCAUGCGGCUACAAUGCCCGGGUCAGCGUUGACUACAACCAGCCAGGCAGCGACUGGGGCUCUGCUCCAGUGACAACCUACACCGCAGGCGCAGAAGUCGACGUCGUCUGGUGCGUCGACCACAAUGGCGACCACGGCGGCAUGUUCAGCUAUCGCAUCUGCCAAGACCAGGACCUCGUGGACAAGUUCCUCGACCCCGACUAUAUCCCCACUGAUGACGAGAAGCAGGCAGCCGAGGACUGCUUCAACGAAGGUCUCCUCUCGUGCACCGAUGUCGACGGGCAGGAGUGCGGAUACAGCGCGGAUUGCUCCGAAGGCGAGGCCUGCUGGCGCAAUGACUGGUUUACCUGCAAUGGCUUUGAGGCGUCUGAGCGGCCCAAGUGCCAGGGGGUGGAUAAUGCCGAGUUGAACUCGUGCCUGACGACCAUUGCGGGCGGGUACACGGUGACGAAGAAGAUUCGCAUUCCCGAGUAUACUUCGAACCAUACGCUGCUUUCGUUCAAGUGGAAUUCGUUCCAGACUGGGCAGAUCUAUCUGACUUGCGCGGAUAUUGCAAUCGAGUAA